GCCAUCCAGGCCUAUUUGAAAAUUCUCUGAUUUGUGCAAAGGUUCAAUUCUAAUUUUAGUGGAGGAUUUUUAUUAAUAUUUAAGUUUUUCUUGAGGGAGUACCGUUGUAAAGGCAAUAUAACGCAACUCGCUCUCAGAAAACAAAAGUGAAGACAAAAUAACAAGACUUUCUCAUAAAGCUAAAAAUACCAAGAGAAAAGAAAUAAAAAAGCUCAUCAGGUCACAUUAGCCAAGCAUACAAAUACAAUGGAUGAUGAGGCUGAGACAUAUAAGCUGUGGCGCAUCCGCAAGACCAUCAUGCAGCUGUGUCAUGACCGUGGGUACCUGGUGACACAAGAUGAGUUGGACCAGACACUUGCUCAGUUCAAGGAGCAGUUUGGUGAGAAGCCAUCUGAGAGACAGCCUGCUCGCUCUGACCUCAUUGUGUUGGUGGCCCACAAUGAUGACCCAACAGACCAGAUGUUUGUUUUCUUCCCAGAUGAACCUAAGGUUGGAGUCCGCACCAUCAAGACAUAUUGCACACGCAUGCAGGAAGAGAACAUCCAGCGUGCUAUUAUUGUUGUCCAGUCAGGAAUGUCACCAUCUGCUAAGCAGGCUCUGGUAGACAUGGCCCCAAAGUACAUCCUGGAGCAGUUCCUGGAGUCUGAAUUGCUGAUCAACAUUACUGAACAUGAGUUGGUGCCAGAGCAUGUGGUGAUGACGGCUGAAGAGAAGACAGAACUGCUACAGAGGUACAAACUGAAGGACAAUCAGCUCAUGAGGAUACAGGCAGGUGACCCUGUGGCGCGGUACUUUGGGCUCAAACGUGGCCAGGUGGUGAAGAUCAUCCGUCCCUCAGAGACAGCUGGUCGCUACAUUUCCUACCGUCUCGUUGUGUGAGAGGGAGGGAAAAUGAAAGAGUAAAUGAAUGAGAGGAGAAUGAAUGAGAGAGAGAGAGAGAACAGAGGUUAAAAUGUGAGAAUCACUGUGAAGCAAGAAUUAAGUGUGACUCAGUUUUUUAAUAAUGUGCCAGAAAAUUAUUUAAUGUUCUUUUGGUUUCUAAAUUAUUAAAUCAUACCAGAAA